GUCCGUUCGCCAUGCUUUCAUAAAACUUGAACUACUCAAUCUUGACCGGUCUUCAUCAAGUGUAAUGGCAACUAUGCAAUCGUUGAAAGACAGUCGCGCGACGACUUCCUGCACCGAAUGCCAACGGAGGAAACAAAAGUGCUCGCGAGAAUGGCCCUGCAAUCAUUGCCAGGCACGAAAAGUUCCCCAUCUUUGUCAAUUCUCGGUCAAAAGAGGGCAGCAGGAGCCUUCUCCAGAGUCGUCUCGUGAAAAUUCGGCCUCCAGCACCAAAGGCACAAAAAGAAGCGCUCCCGACUCUGCAGAGCCCCAAUUUCUAUCGCAGGAUGGCGAGCAGGAAGAGCUCGAAGAUGGGCUGAAAGCGUGGGGGUACAUGCCUGGCCAUGUCCACUACAAAGUCGGCACAGUGGAAGAGAACGGUCCGCGGAAAGACUCACCGACAGAGAGCUCCGUUACGACGGACGUUCUCGAGAGAGUUCUUUCAGCCGUUCCACCAAGAUCAAUAACGGAUGCGUUUGUUAACCACUUCCUCAAUGUCGUCAACUACCGCUACACCGCAAUAUAUGGGCCAACAUUAGCCGAACAGUAUGUCCAAUGGUGGGCAGAUCGCGCUGCCGGCAAGCAACUUUCUCCAGAAUUCACCUGCCUGCUCCUGAGGAUCUGCGCGUACUCAGUGCAGUACCUCACACCUGCGCUCCGCAAAAUGAUUGAGUUUGAGUUGGCUUGCAAUUGCCAGACUCUGACCGACCGGUUCUCCGACGCAGCGGAAGAACUGAGCCGGAGUUUUGGCGCAGCAAGAACAAGCGUUGAACGCGUGCAAGAGCUGUUUCUAAAGUGCGUUUGGUUGAAGGCUGAGUCGAAGAUAGUGGAGUCGUGGCAUGCGCUUUCGCGCACAAUUCGAGAAGCACAAGAGCUGGGCAUCGAUAAAGAUGGGGGUAUUGAAGGCCUGUGCGAGUUCGAUAUAGAGAUAAGGAGACGUCUUUGGACGCUGCUGUACAUCUGGGACUGGCAAAUGUCGGCAUGGCUCGGCCGUCCAAACCUCAUCGACCAAAAGAAUCUCGACUUCAAAUUCCCCAAUCUACGGCUCGACCAGUCGACCACGGAGCCCAACCUGCUAUCACCCUUUGCACACAUCGCCCUUCAAGCAACCCUCGGUCGUAAAAUUGCCGCUACUAUGGGAAACGCCCAGUCUGAACACGCUCUCUCGGACAAGCAGGUCUUGGCGAUAGAAGCGGAAUGCGAAAAGUUCAUCGAGGAACUACCCCCCAUCUUCCGCUUCACAGACCCCGACACAUCAUUCGAUGAGUCCCAUCCUUUCUUCGUGUUCCAGCGCUGUCAGCUACAUUGCGUUAUCUUUGUGACGAUGCUCAACUUCUUCAAGCCGUACCUGACCCGAGAACGGCGAGACGCGAUAGUCGACCAAGACGACGAGUUCCGGAAGAAAGGCGUAGAUAUCGCGUUGCGCUUACUGAAAGUAGCGCGCCAACUCUUCGACCACGAGUUCCCCAUCAACGCCAAAUUCCACAUGGUUGUCUUUGCGAUCUUCGACACGGCGACCUUGCUUUGCUCCGCCAUCAUCCACGACCGCGAGCAUCUCCUCCCUCAUCGCGAAGAGAUCUUUGAUGCUAUCGAAAGCUCUCUGGAUAUGCUGCAUCAACUCAGCGGGACAACGAAACUAGGCGCUACGUCCUACAACUUCCUCUUCAAGCUCGUGCAGGCCACACCAGAACUUUCGCGGUACUCAUCAGCCAGCAAGCGGCAACGACAAACUUCUUCCUCGGUACCUACAACGACACCGCCGGUGCCGGCGCAUGAACCUGCACCUGUUGCGGUCAUGCCGCCAGUGAAGAACACGGCGCCUCCGGAGCCGACUGCUGCAAUAGGACUUUCUACUGCUAGUGAUGUUCCGGCGAUGACGAUCUCGGAUGAGCUUUCGUUCGAUAUCGAUCAGUUUCUCGCCCAGAACCCCUUUGGCACGGUCGGUGAUCCGGCUGCUGUCGACAUGGGCGGCAUGGAGCAGAUUUGGGACUGGCAGGAUCUACAUAUAGACGUGUACGCGCAGGGAGAACCGGAUGGUUGGAAUGGUACCGGUGAUGGAUCUUGACGAUACCACCUAUGGAACCUUACCAAUGGGUGUCACUCCCGGCAUCAUCUCGAGUGCGAAGCUACGGCUUCUGGGAGGCGAAAAACAAGAACAGAUUAUCAGAUCUGUAGCAUAUGGCCAAACGUUCGGUACCCCCUAGGCACUGCGUGCUACUGUGGUAGGCGCUGGGCUGGAUUCGAUUCAGUAGCAGACGAAGGGGGGUGUCGCGCGACAUUUGUUCGCAAAUUUUGAUAGCGAGCGAGUCAUCAGCUCGUGGGCAGUACCGUAAUCAUCGUGCGCCUGGUUUCUCGGGACUCUCUUUCUACAUUCAGCACACGUGUUAGCUUUUUCGACAGAUAGCAAGCCAAGUAGUAAUAAUAUCGUACCUUACUUGUA